CCUCCAGGUACAUGGUUCGGGUCCGAGCUGUGGUGAUGGCCCGAGAUGACUCCAGUGGGGGCUGGCUGCCUGUGGGGGGUGGGGGCCUCAGCCAGGUGAGCGUAUGUCGGGUCCGAGGGGCCAGGCCCGAGGGGGGGGCCCGCCAGGGGCACUACGUCAUCCACGGGGAGCGACUCCGGGACCAGAAAACCACCUUGGAGUGUCCCCUGAGGCCAGGCUUGGUUUACAACAAGGUGAACCCCAUCUUUCACCACUGGAGCCUAGGUGACUGCAAGUUUGGGCUGACAUUUCAGAGUCCUGCAGAGGCUGAUGAGUUCCAAAAGAGCCUGCUGACUGCACUGGCUGCACUGGGUCAAGGCUCGCUUACCCCCUCCUCCUCCUCCUCUUCCUCUUCCCCUUCCCAGGACACUGCUGAGACCCCCUGCCCUCUGACGUCCCACGUGGACAGCGACUCCUCCUCCAGUCACAGCCGCCAGGAGACACCUCCCACCACCGCUGCAGCUGCGACCCCCACAGUCAUCGUAGAGUCAGCUUCUGGCUUUGGGCUGGCCACGCCCCCCCAGCACCGACGCCCCUCUGCUCAGAGUUACCCUCCGCUCUUACCCUUCACGGAGAUUCCGGAACACUCAGAGGCCCUGGGCGGGGCAGGGGGCCUUGGCUGGGGCGGCCGCGGCUAUGAGGAUUAUCGGCGCCCAGGGCUUCCUGCGCCCCUCACCCUGUCCACCUGCGUUGUACGCUUUGCCAAGACUGGCGCAUUGAGGGGUGCAGCCCAGGGGCCCCCAGCCACCCUACCCGCCCCUCUCACAGAGACUGUGCCCCCAGCUCCUGCCAAGGCGUCCCCGGAGGCGGAGGAGGCGGCGCGCUGUGUGCACUGCCGAGCGCUCUUCCGCCGCAGAGCAGAUGGGCGUGGUGGUCGCUGCGCAGAGGCCCCAGACCCAGGUCGCUUGCUGGUGCGCCGUCUCAGUUGCCUGUGGUGCGCAGAGAGCUUGCUCUACCACUGCCUGUCUGACGCUGAGGGCGACUUCUCGGACCCUUGCGCCUGCGAGCCGGGCCACCCACGCCCCGCUGCGCGCUGGGCUGCACUGGCCGCACUCUCCCUGGCAGUGCCCUGCCUCUGCUGCUAUGCACCCCUGCGCGCCUGCCACUGGGUUGCGGCCCGAUGCGGCUGCGCUGGCUGCGGGGGUCGCCACGAGGAGGCUGCGCGGUGAGGAUGGUCUAAUGGGUCCGGUCUCCAGAACGAGGACCCAAAGUUGAGGGUCCAGGACCCCGGACUCCAUUCGGACCCAAAAGCUAAACCUAGGCACAUCCGGAACUUGGAGGUUGAGUUUGGAUUGAGAGACCCCAGACCUGGAACCUGGAUCCCAAAUCUAGGAUUGAGGGAUCGCAGGCCCACCUUCACUGGGCUGUCUGCCUAAGAGGUCCCAGGCAUCCUGAGUUCUGGCGUCCUCAUCCCAUUGUCCCCUUCCUGCCAUGGCCUAGACUGAGGGGACACCAGGCAUCCUCCAGCUUCACACCAGGCAGGCCUGGGAGCACACGGAUCCCUGAGCAAACCCUCAGAUAACAGACCCAGAAUUAGUCAGGAGUUGCCAAUACCUGACCCUGCUUGUGUACAAUUUCUCCCAGAUCUUGAGAUCACAGGACCUAGAACCACCCCAAAUGGUCCCUGAAUACUCACC